AGCUGCACUGAAAUCCAUUUGUACGAUGACUCUGAAAGCACAGCGGCUGACAUGUUUCCCUCGUUACCGCUCACAAAGCAGGUAGUCGAGGCUUACUGUUUGCGGCGAUGGGGCGUAACGCGUGCCGACAACCAGCUAUCCACCUUCUACAGUGAUGAUAUCUGGCACUCAACUUCGAAUAUCAUAUUUUCUAACGGCGAUCUAGAUCCUUGGAGGAACGGAGGAUCUAGAAGCUUCUAG